CAGACACCAUGGAUUCCUUCAAGGUGGUCCUGGAAGGUCCUGCGCCUUGGGGCUUCCGGCUGCAAGGCGGGAAAGACUUCAACGUGCCCCUCUCCAUCUCCCGGCUCACCCCUGGAGGCAAAGCCGCCCAAGCUGGCGUGGCUGUUGGUGACUGGGUUUUGAGCAUCGAUGGGGAAAAUGCAGGGAGCCUCACGCACAUUGAAGCCCAGAACAAGAUCCGCGCCUGCGGGGAGCACCUCAGCCUGGGUCUCAGCAGGGCCCAGCCAGCUCAGGGCAAGCCGCAGAAGGUGCAGCCCCCUGACAAACAGCCGCUCCGGCCCGCCGUGCCCGAUGCCAGCAAGCAGCGGCUGAUGGAGAACACGGAGGACUGGAGGCCGCGGCCAGGGACGGGCCAGUCGCGAUCCUUCCGCAUCCUCGCCCACCUCACGGGCACCGAGUUCAUGCAAGACCCGGAUGAGGAACACCAGAAGAAAUCGAGCCAGGUACCCAAGACAGAAGCCCCAGCCCCAACCUCAGCUCCACCCCAGGACCCCUGGCCUGGCCCUCCCACCCCCAGCCCCACCAGCCGCCCACCGUGGGCAGUAGAUCCAGCCUUCGCCGAGCGAUAUGCCCCGGACAAGACCAGCACGGUGUUGACCCGGCACCGCCAGCCCGCCACGCCCACACCGCUGCAGAACCGCACCUCCAUCGUGCAGGCCGCCGCCGCAGGGGGCGGCACCAACGGCAAGACACCCGUGUGCCACCAGUGCCACAAGGUCAUCCGGGGUCGCUACCUGGUGGCACUGGGCCAUGCGUACCACCCCGAGGAGUUUGUGUGCAGCCAGUGCGGCAAAGUCUUGGAGGAAGGCGGCUUCUUCGAAGAGAAGGGGGCUAUCUUUUGUCCCCCCUGCUAUGAUGUGCGCUACGCGCCCAGCUGUGCCAAAUGCAAGAAGAAAAUCACAGGCGAGAUCAUGCACGCCCUGAAGAUGACCUGGCAUGUGCACUGCUUCACCUGUGCCGCCUGCAAGACCCCCAUCCGCAACAGGGCCUUCUACAUGGAGGAGGGGGCGCCCUACUGUGAGCGAGACUAUGAGAAGAUGUUUGGCACCAAAUGCCGAGGCUGCGACUUCAAGAUCGACGCAGGAGAUCGUUUCCUGGAGGCCCUGGGCUUCAGUUGGCAUGAUACGUGCUUUGUGUGUGCGAUAUGUCAGAUCAACCUGGAAGGAAAGACCUUCUACUCCAAGAAGGACAAACCCCUGUGCAAGAGCCACGCCUUCUCUCACGUGUGAGCCACGCCCACUGAAGGAAGAGGGGACCAUCAGCCUCCCCACCCCCCACCCCCAGCAUCGGUGGGUCAGCCUGGCUGGCCAUGGUGGCCCCAUUCCCCAACGCCUGGACCCCAUUCCAUCCCCUUCACCUCCCCACACACGUCCUUCCCACCAACACACACGCACACACACACACACACAGGGUGCUGCCACACCAGCCCUGCCCACACCCCAGUGCCACAAUAAACCUGUAUCCAGCCA